AUGGCAGACCCUUGCUCUAAUCUCUUCAGUACUGGAUCUUUCAACUUCGUGCUUCUUAAUCCUCACUACACUACUGCUUUCACUUCUUACUCGAAUCCUUCUAGCCUUCAUGCUUUCUCAAACAACUACUCGCUCGACAACAAAUCUUCAAUUCCUCCCUCAGCGCCUCCUCCAAAAGAAGCCCUUCCCCUGAUAGAAUACUUAAGUCCCGCAAGACAACAAGAAGAGCAUCGUGAUUCCUCAUGUAGUUCCAUGGAAGAGGACAAGUACAUGAAAAAAGAUGAUGAUAGCCUCUUUUUUAGUACUGCAGAUGGUAAUGUUGAGCCUGUGACUGUAGCUCUGCAUAUAGGCCUCCCUAACCCUAGUUCUGAUCUGGAGAGGGCACUUAGGGUUUUCCCAUCUCCAAAUGCACCAGAUAAGGGAGAGAUGAGUGCAGUUUCAGGGUACCCUUUGGAGAAACUAAACAAGGGUCAGUAUUGGAUUCCUACACCUUCCCAGAUUCUUAUUGGUCCAAGUCAAUUUUCAUGUCCUCUUUGCUCCAAGACCUUUAACAGAUACAACAACUUGCAGAUGCAUAUGUGGGGACAUGGAUCUCAGUACAGAAAAGGACCUGACUCUUUAAGAGGAACCCAGCCAACAGCGAUGCUAAGACUUCCAUGUUAUUGUUGUGCACCAGGUUGCAAGCACAACAUUGAUCAUCCGAGAGCAAGACCGCUCAAAGAUUUUAGAACUCUCCAAACACAUUACAAGAGAAAGCAUGGGAUCAAACCCUUUAUGUGUAGAAAAUGUGGUAAGCCAUUUGCUGUGAAAGGAGAUUGGAGAACACAUGAAAAGAACUGUGGGAAAAUAUGGUAUUGCAUUUGUGGGUCUGAUUUCAAGCACAAGAGGUCUCUAAAAGACCACAUUAAGGCCUUUGGCCAUGGCCAUGUUGGCAUUGAUUUCUUUGAAGAAGAGGAUGAACUGGCAUCUGAAAGUACUGAACAUGAUGGUGACUCCUGUAUGUGAUCAUCAAUAGGGUUUUCGGUGAA